AUGGUGGCAGUCACCGAGUACAUUUCGCCUGCGGUUGUGGCUGUAUGUGGACGGUUUAAUGCUGCCAAUGAUUUUGUGCUUGAACACGUAAACGCUUAUUUUGACGUAUCGCCACAGUGGAAUCUAUUGCGUGCGGCACUUACCGGGCAUCUUCACUUGGUGCAGCGGUUAAGUCGGCGCAACCCCAAUAAAUUUCAGCGGUGCUGCGAGGAAGCCAUGGACUCGGCUGCUGAAUUUGGUCAUCUCGCUGUAGUCCAGUGGUUGCAUUUUAACAGAAAAGAAGGCUGCACUACCGACGCCAUGGACAUGGCGGCCUGCAAUGGUCACCUGGAGAUUGUGAAAUGGCUUCACGCGAAUAGGAAAGAGGGCUGUACGAGUAACGCCAUUGAUUUUGCAGCACAAAAUGGUCACUUGGAUGUGGUGAAGUGGCUACAUUUAAAUAGAAACGAAGGCGCCACACAUUACGCAAUGGAUAACGCAGCAACUAGCGGUUAUUUAGGCGUGAUUGAAUGGCUGCAUGCACAUAGAAACGAAGGCUGCUCCCAAUCGGCUUUAAUAAAUGCAAUUAAUUCAGGUCACGAUCAUGUGUCCAAAUGGUUGGUUCUCAACCGUAGGAUGGACUGCGUGGGCAAUAUAGGUUUCAUUGAGUAUGCAGCAAGGCGUGGUUACUGGAAUGUCGCUGCGCUGACGACUAAUAAGCCACAUCUAUUGGAGCUCAUCGAUGCCAGCAGAUAUUGA